UUUGUCCUGAUUUAGUAGUAAUUGCAAAAAAAUAUAUUGAUGAGACAAAGUUCAAAUAAACGGAGGAUUUAUAAGCAUCUCGUAAAGUAUCAUACGAGAUUCAGUGCAAAUUCAAAAAUGCAGCCUCUAAGCAAAUUACCAUUUGAUGAAAUAACUGAAGAUGCCGUGAAAUUGGUUUAUAAAGAACUCGGAAUUGAAGUUGAGAAGUUAGAGAAUUGCUUAAAACUUGUUAAAGAAUGGUUAAACUGUGAAACACAUCUUCCAAAGGAUGUUGAUGAAGUUUUGAUGAAAAAUUUUAUAUUGGGAUCAAAAGGUAACGUUGAACGAACGAAAGAAAAAUUAGAAAAAUAUAUAAUCGCCAAAACGAGAAUGACCAACAUUUAUUCCGAUAGAGUACCAAAAGAUGAAGAAUUUUCUUUGUAUCCCUUACAAAAAGUAGUGUUCAUUUCUCCAAAGCAUACACCAGAUGGAAAUAGAAUUCUUUUGUGCAGAUUACCCGAUAAGGAUCCAACCCAUUUCAAUCACUUGAACCUUGCAAGAUAUUUUUGUCUAACUCUUGAUCUCUUGUUAUUUCACGAUACUUCCGUUGGCUACAACUUUAUUUAUGAUGCAGCGGGGUUUUCACCGAAUAUAUUACCAAAAUUUAAUCUUAGAUUAUUAAAAGAAGUUUCUGAAUUAAUCUACAAAACAUCUCCAAUGCGAAUCAAAUCUAUUCAAUUAGUGAAUGACACGGCCACUAUGAGCACUAUUAUGAACAUUGGGAAAGCGUUUAUGUCGCAAAAAUUAAAGGAUCGUAUUUCGUGUGUUAAAAUGGAAGAGUUAUCAAAAAUGUAUCCAAAGGAUUGUUUACCGAUUGAGUACGGAGGAACGGCAGGAAAAAUUGAUGAUGGAAAUAAUAAUUUGUUGGAGAUUUUAAAAGAAAAUAAAGAUUGGUGCUUGAAAAGUGAAGAACCGAAAUUAAUCGGUCUCAUUCCUGAUGAUAAAAAGAAUUUGUACUCUUUUGAUGAUUUAAGUAUGAAUGGGAGUUUUAGAAGGCUCAAUGUCGAUUAAAACUUGCAACCUUU